CAGGCACUAGGACCUGCAGCACUCUGCAGGCAGACAGAGCCUGCAGCCUCUGGGACACUUCUCACUUACUUUCAGAACAAUUUUCAAACAAGUGCAAGACUCAGAAAGGACUGUUUGGGAUAAUUGACAAAGAAUUUGUUCUUCCCCUCCCUGGCAUCUUAUGGAAUUGGACACAAACUGGAAUAUAUUUCAGUGAUCCUCGGGAGUCAUACGUCAGUGGAGAGAAGAGAGAGCUUUUGCAGAGGGAUACAGAGUGGAGGCAGAGGAGGGCAGAGGUGUGCUGGAUGGGGGCCACAGCUGGGACUGAUGGCAGGAGCCCAGAACACAGUGAGCUCUAAUCACAUCCUCUAGGAGCCGCUAGGUGCUACAGUUCACGUGGAGACACUGAAAAGGUUGUGUGCCCAUGAGGUCGUCCAUGCUGGUCCUGUUCCUCCUCUUCAGUGCCCAGGCUGUGGCCACCAUUGGAGGAGCAGCACAGCAGCAGUGUCCAGGAAACAACUCCAACUCCAUCCCCACGGUGGACCCCAAACUCUUCACCAAGCGCCGCUACCACUCACCCAGGGUGCUCUUCAGCGCUCAGCCACCUGAGGCAGAGCUGGCAGAGUCACAGGGUGUCGGCAAAAGGGCCCGCAGGCGUGCUGGGCAGCCUCAGCACCGUGGAGUUUACUCGGUGUGUGAGAGCAUCAGUGUCUGGGUGGGCAACAAGACCAAAGCCACGGAUAUCUCAGGCAACGAGGUGACAGUGCUGCCAGACGUGAAUAUCAACAAUGUCAACAAGAAGCAGUACUUCUUUGAGACGACUUGUCACAGCGCCCGCUCAGGCAGCUCUGGCUGUUUGGGAAUUGAUGCCAGACACUGGAACUCCUACUGCACCAACUCACACACUUUUGUACGAGCGCUGACAUCGUUUAAGAAACUGGUGGCGUGGAGGCUCAUACGCAUCAACGUGGCCUGUGUGUGUGUGCUUAGCCGCAAGUCAUGGCGGCAGUGAAGACAGACAGACACACACACACACACACACACACACACACACACACGCACACACACACACACACACACAGAUCACCAGUCUUUUCACCCUCUGCACAAAGUAAAUUAUUGGUCAAUUAUUAUAUGUCAAAGUUUCAGGACUGCAUGUACUGUAUAUACACCAGACCUGGGUCAAAUGGUAUCUGUUUGUAGCUGUUGUUUUUACCUGUUUAGGAGUACCAAACAUUAAGCUGUUGUUGCUGUGUCACCUAGCAACUGACUGUCCUAGCUGUAGUUUAUGACAGGUUCAGCUUGCAGAGGUCUAAAACACACAUGAACCGUAUUUAUCAAACUUCUAAGAAUUACACUUAAAGGGGAACUCGAUUUAACACAUCAGUCUGUUUCCACGUACUACUGCAUAUGUGGAAAAAGUUGUAUAAAGCCUUUUGUGGUUCCAGAGGAAGCUAAUAAAUUGCCUCAAGUGAGGUCACUUGAGUCAGUUGGGGCUGAAGACUACAAGUUUGAAGAAUAUGGGGCUGUGCUGUAGAGUUACAAAGAAGUGAGCUUACCAGAUCUCUGUAGCUAGCUCCUCAUCUCUGCUUGAGGUUAGCAGCUCAAGGAUGCAUCAGUGUUACAUUGUGGGUAAUUAUAGGCACUAGGUUUUGAAAAGAAAGAAGAAUGCAUGGAAUAAAAAAAGACGAUAUAUCUCUGCAUCGAUUUUGAUUCUAUUUUUAAAAAACAAAACUGUCCAUCUUGGAUCUGACAAGAAUUUAAGAAAGCCCUAAAAGUUAAUUUAGGGGAAUUAAAAUUCUUCACUGAGUGUGAAGAAUAAGACACAUUUAUUUAGCGACUUACUCCAGUUUACAGAUAAGUAUAAGAGUAAAGGUUAGAAGCAAUUGUGUGAAAUCCUAUCUCCAGUACCAUGUGAAAUAAAUUGUUUACAAAUUAAACAAUAAAGAAAAUCAAACUGGAGCAGGAAAGAACAUCUGAUGCUGGUAUAUAUAAUAAGAAGAAUUUAGUUGCACAUUGAAGAUGCAUGCAUGAUCCCAACUAAAUUAAAGCCAGCUUUAUAAUUCUUGUUUGCAAAAAAUCUAAACAAACUCUUGUUACAUCCUAUCAAAUGUUCUAUCCUGUUCUGAAUUAUAUAUGUGGCUUUAGAUAUUAAAAAACAUUUCACCAUGAAGACAAAUGACAUUAUGUACAAUCAUAAAACACGCCUCAAAAUUUGUGCACUCACCUUUAUUUCUGUGCUGCAGUCAUUUAUUUACUCUUUAGAGAUGACCAGAGCUCUCUUAAAUUUCAGCUACAGUUUGUCUCACACUCAUAGAGUUUUACUUUUAUCUUUCACUCCCAAACUUUCACUUUUAGCAGUUUGAUAAAUACAUGCCCAGGUUUACAGUUGUUAGGGUUGGAUGGCCCAUUGCCCAUAGCCAAUCCUAGGGCUUAAAUGCUACGCAGGGAGUUCUUUUUCUGAUUAAAUUUGGGGCAGACUAGAUGCAGGAAAGGCUUAUUGCUGCCCUCCACAGGUCACUUGUAGAACUCUAUUUUUUUCUGUUGAGUUUUAUGGAGGUUGUCAUGCAUAUAAGAAGCCUUACAGCCAACUAUUGGAUUGUAAAAGUUUCACAGUGCAAACUAUUUACAGUGAAUACCCAAACCCCAGAGUUGAUGCAAAUCCUUCCCUCAGCGUAGUAUCUAGAUCUUCUCCAAAUCCUUUCCUACUUCCCUUGCAUUUAAACAGUACCAUUUAUAUCAUGCCAAUAAAUGGCAGAUCCUUUCUUGUCCAUGCAGAUAUCCUGAGCAGCUUCAGCAUGACAAUCCCUUUUCUGCUCUGAUCUUAUCCACUUUCACUUCCUUAAUUCUCUUUUGACACUGUGCUGACCCAGCAUGGUGAUUUCUAUCACAGUGCAGGCCCUUUGCUUGUCUUUUAUGCACUCCUUCACAUAGCAAUUGUCCUUCCCACAUCACCCACAUCUUGUGACUCCUCUACAUAAUGCAGCAACAUGUCCAUAUUCCUAACAGCAGUUACUUAUAUGAGACGUACCAGUGUUUGUACGUGUUGUGGAAGUCCCAGAUACGUUGGAAAACCAAAUGCCAUCAUGUCUGGGUUUAUAACAUCAUCUGGAGGCGCACAUAGCUCGGUGUCUGGAAGCAAGUCACACUGCUGUAAUUUCCAAAUACACAAUCCAUUAGGGCUCUAGCUCUCUGACUCUUUGAUACACACUCAAUGAUAACCAUCUCACUUCUUGUAAUCCUGACUGAUCAUACAUCUCCGAGUUUCCCCCUACAAACUUUCCCGUCUGACAUCAUCAUCCCAACAAGAUAUGUCUCCUCUUUUCUCCUUGACUGUCUGGAAUUGCUAAAAUAAAUACUCCAUUUUCUUUUCUUUUCAAAUCCUCCCCUGUCCUCAUUUCCAAUUACACUCUCCGAUUUCUGCUCUGACACCAUUUCCGCCAUCGCCCUGCCUUCUGGGAAAGUCCAAUCCAUUAUCUCCCCUCCAGCAGCAAGGUGCUAGCUAUCGCAGUGCUAGAAAGAAAACCCCUCCUGACUAGCAAGUCCUUUCCAUUGAGAUAAAUGUCUUCUGUUUGGUGAAUGCUUAUCCUUAAUUGUUGUUGUCUGUGGUGCUAAAAAAGAUGUUCCCUGUAUGAACCAGAGCUGAAUUCCGGGAGUCCACUCAGAACAAAGUG